UCAGACUGUCUAUGUUGGACUGUACAACACUGGAGGAGGCCGUCUAGCAUUGUCUGGUGGUAUGAAUUUCACUCUCCAUAAUGACAACUCAUUCACCCUCACCUGUAUCUCCACUGGUGGACCUGCUACCACUGUCACUUGGACCAGAGACUCCACCACUGUCACCCAAGGAACCCAGACUGUGUUGAAUAAUACAGUGACUGCACAGUACACCCACACUCUGACAGACAGAACAGCAGGACUCUACACAUGUUUAAUAGCUAACAGUGUUUCAAAUGUUUCAGCAAAGUUACCUGUGCAAGGUCCCUCUCCUCCAUCUAAUGUGAGAGUGUCUCAGAAUGGACUGAACAGUCUACUGGUGACCUGGACACCAUCAGAAGGACCCAAUGUUACUGGCUACACCAUCUACUACCACCAAAUAGAUGGAGGACUUAGUGGCUCAGUGACAGCUGCAGAGACAGAUACUAGCGUCGUCAUCACUGGACUAAUUGCAGGAGCAACCUUCUCUAUCAGUGUAUCAGCCGACUCCAGUACACUAUCAAGUUCUAGAUCCCAGGACUGAUACUUUAAUAGGUAUACUACUCUUGAGAUUAUUGCCAUCACUGUAAAUCUCAUUGUUUACAUGUAGUACCAGCGACCAUCUCGCUCACAUCUUCUCCUCCCUCCCCCAUGAUGUCUGGAGCCACUGUCUCUCUCACCUGCUCCAUUUCCCUGCCCAUUGAUGUCACUGAUGCCUCAGGCAUACAUUGGAAGGGGCCUGGAGUAUCUCCAAUCCCAGUUAACUCCGUCACCAGUGGAGGAAUGAUUUCCAGCGUCUUAACUUUCAGUCAAAUAGAGUCGUUUCAGAGUGGAUUGUAUGGAUGUAACUUCACUCUUGGUGGAUCCAUUUCCACCAGUAUAACUGUUAUUGUUUUAGAUCAAGUCGUCUUUUUGCCUGCUGUUAGACCAGAUGCUACCAUCAUAUCUUUAUCAUGGAUCCCUGCAUCUGGUGUUCCAGUCACUACCUACAACAUCUCCUAUUAUAACACUAAUAAGAAGUGUUUUGAUGAUAAUAAAGCGAUGAGUGUUGAAAAUCACACACUCAACUCUACUCUGGAAGAGUUAGAAGAGCACACAGAGUAUUUGGUGAAAGUUGCAGUUUGGCACAGAGGUCGUGUUGUUGGGAGCAACAGCACCGUGGUUACUACCAAGCCAGUAGCUCCAUCUGCUGGUCCCUCUUCUGUGAGUGUGGCUGGUGUUACAUCAUCCACCAUCACUGUGAUGUGGGGAAGUGUACCAUGUAUCCACCAGAAUGGAGACAUCACUGGCUACUCAGUCCAGUACAGAGCAGUGGGGAGUGAGAACAAGGAUACCGUGGAAACCAGUGAAACUGAAAUUACUCUACUAAGUUUGACACCAGAAACAGACUAUGAGAUAAGUGUGGCUGCUGUUAAUACUGAAGGAACAGGAGUUAGCACAAACACCUCAGCGACAACUUCAGCAGAGAGAGCUACUAGCAUCAGCAGUUCAGCAGUGGCAGCACCCACAAGUGGAGCAGUUAUUGGGGUUCUCCUACUAAUUUUGCUCGUCACAGUUUUACUCAUCGUCUUUAUCAGGUACAGGUCAGGAAGUGGUGAUAUUCACACCUCAACUAACGAGGCCUAUGGGAAGGUGGGGGGAGGACAGAGAGAAGAGGGAUAUGAGCUGGUGGACAUCUCUCAUGGAGAACCCUCCUCCUCCUCCAGCUAAACUGGAGGAGAUGUAUGAGGUUCCCUCGUUCUCUGCCCCUCCCCCCAGCCAGCCCCUCCCCACCAUCCCUCUCCCUCAUACUGAUGCUGACACAGAGGAGAAAGACACUCCUGUCUAUGAUGUCAUUCCUGGAGAUAUGUGACUCUACAUUCGUGUGCCAUGGCGUGAAUUUUGACUGAACUUGUCACAAUAGUUUU